GACUUAUAUGUAUGCACGUAUGCAUAUGUCGUAUCUACGACGAGACAUUAUUCGAUUAUUUCAUUUUAUUCUGACAAGCGCGUUUUUCGAAAGGGGAUAUAUGUAUAUACAUUUUCAACCAUGGCAACUUUGUAUCGAUUAUUGAGUCGUAACAAUCGAUAACUCCCAGUCGCACGUACUGCGCGAGUUUAUAAAUGUGUAAGUACGUGGGCUACGCUAUGUAGCCGAGUACACACUGUAUGCAUUGACAUAACGUAACCUUAUUUCGUGAUCGUGAUAUGUCACGAGUGUAUAUUUAUAUGACAUAUCGGUGUAUCGAUACAUAGCAACCUACUUGUAAACGUCUAGGAUUAAAAGCAAUUUUAUUUUUUACUAUGAAAUCGUAAUUUUGUACGGAAUAUUAAAUUUAAUCUUCAUCUGGCGUGUAUCUCUGAAACGAACCUCCAACUUUUGACAGCUUCUCCCAUGAUACUCAUUUUCCUGAAAUUAUAUGAACGAGAAAAUAAUCGUGAAAUAUUCUGAGUGUAUGCAAAUUAAAAAGUGUGCGUAAAUAUUAUUGCAAACUAAACUGCACAAAAUGUUUCGGGUUACUUUUGACGAUUUGAUCAAUGCUCGAUCGUUUCAAAUAUUAUGUGUUUUAUGUACUGAAUGCCUGGAAACUCGUAUUUUAUAACAUAAUGGUAUAAAAUGUAAGGUAUGAGUAUACAGAAUUUACACACGAGAGUAAAAAAGAGAAGGAAAGACAGGGAAAAAGGGGAACACAUAAAUUAAAUAAAAAAAAAAAUCUGAAGGAAUAAAGUUACGUUUUAAGAAAUUUUUACCCAUUUUUAAUCAUAAGGGUAAAGACUGUGAAACGUUUGUUUCGUUGUGGCAAAUUAAUCUUACUAACAAAAUGUUAAGAGAAAGACGUACAGAUUCUUCUACGAUGACUUGAUCAGAAGAAUUUUAAAAAUACAGUCUAUAACAUGAUACGGCCUCUCAUCGAGGAAAGUACCUGGUGUUACUGGGUCGUCUCUGUUGGAGCAUUGUUAUCAUUUCUUGGUCUCGUCGUUGCUUGUAUUUGCAGCUGUCGCCGUAAUGAGAAUAAGAAUGAAUUUCUUGGCCUUGCUGGAUCGGUAACUAUAAACGAUUCUGACAAUGAUGGCUUUAACAGAGUUCCAGUAACAAAUGCCACUCAAGUAACAACACAAGAUGCUGUUGAAAGCGGGAAAAGAUCAACCAGUGCCAAUAGAAGUCUUCCGGAUAUUCCAAAAGACAGGGAAAAGAAAGUCGAAAAUACAGAUGCAUCUGUAUCCCAAAGUAUUUAUGAAACCACUGAAACUAUCGGAGAUCAAUCGGAGCUGUAUGCCACGGUUCGGGAUACAGCGGCAAAGGAAAGGAUAUCGAAAGAGGAAAUACAAGAAAUUUCACAUCAAAGGCCUUUGAUUCAAGAAAACUCGACAGACCAGUAUUCAAGAUUUACGUCCCCGAAUUCUGAUACUGUCGAACAUCCAUACGCUCAACUUCAAAACGUUCAAAAGACUGAAGUUAAUCAAUCGAAUAGAAACAAUGUGAAACAAAUACCGAUCGAUGCCGAGCAACCAUCCACCUCAACGUGCCAGGUUGGAAAUGGAAACCCGGUUGCUCCUCCGCGAACUCGUCGAUCGUCCUCGCACAAUUCGCUUUUAACCAAUGAAACCGCUACUUAUGACAUUCAAGCGGCUAAUGCCAUAUCAGGUGGAGUACAAGCUAAUCAAGAUUUACCGUACAUGACGCCACCACUUUCGAUGUUACUUCCUCAGUCGUCUCAACCCCGUUCCAAUAGUCCGCAACAACACUUCAGUGGAGACUCCCAAGACUCGAAAGGAUACACCAGUAUAAGCGUAAGAGAACCUUUAGCUAACAUCAUAGCGCAAACGAAGACAAUUUGUCGGCAAAAUCAGUCUAUCAGACCUCUUACGGACCCUCACUACGCGACGGUGUCGGAUGACUCUGAUGAAAUGUAUGCCGCGAUCGACGAACAAGACAAGAUAUAUACUAGUGGCAGCGAAACGUACGCUCAAAUACAACCAACCAUGACAGAGGUUCAACGAGUAACGCAAAACGAGCAAACGUUAUUUUCACGAGCUCCGUCACGUACUGAGGAAACUUAUUCUGCUCCACAACCUCCGAGCGUCGACAGUUUGCGACACGUUGCGCACGCCCAUUCUAGACAAGCGUCGUCCUCGAGUGCCAACAGUUCUAUCGUAAACCCUGCAUCACCAAAACCGGAGAAACGCCAGGCUAACUCUCCGCUACCGCCGCCUCCACCUUCGGAAGGCACGAUGGAAACGUAUGCAUCGAUCGAGAAAAGAACGAAGAACGAGGACCGACUGAAAUCGACGCUGUCGAACGAAAAAUCGUUGGAGGAUAUGUACGCGAAGGUGAUGAAGAAGAAAAAAGACGCGGAAGAACAGCAGAGUGAGCAUGCCUGUCCUCACAGUAUUCUACUGCCUUCGGAAAUCGUCGCUCCUGCUGGGACGUUCAGAAAGCCCAGUCUGGUUGAAAUAAACAGAAUUUCAUCGUCUAGUCACGAUUCUAUCGAGGUACAAAAGAAAGAGUCUGAUUCCGCCCAUUAUUCCGCCACUUCAAACAAUUCUAUUAGCAGUUUUCAUUCGGAGGUUGUCCUUUUGAAGUCGCCUAGGAGUAGCGAUAUCGCGGAUAUAAAAUCUUAUGGAAUCGAUCAUGGUUACGAAGCAGUUGCCAUAGAUUUACUGAAGACUAAUCCAACGACGAUUCGCGAGCCCCGUGAUCCCAAUUACGAAACACUACGCUCGCAGGAAUAUUCUGCGAAGAGCGUGGAUUAUCAUCAGAGCGGUAGUUCGGCUGCGAUAGGCGUACGAAACGGCACAGAUCUGCCAACAGCUUACACCGUACCGUUCAAACAACCGAGGCAAGCGAGCAACGCUAGCAGCGAAGAUCCUGGAUACGAAAAGGUUAGACUGAGAAAAAGAAGAAUCGACGUGGAUCAAGACACGGAUUCGGAACCAAAUUACGAGAGUAUGCCGCACGAUUCGGGUGAACCUAAUUACGCGUCGGUUUGCCGACCGGGCGACAGCGACACGGAUCCUAAUUACGAAUCUGUCAAUCACGGAGACCCGAAUUACGAGAGCGUUAAAUAUAUGAGCGUUGCUCGUACCAACGAAGAACCACCCUACGAGCAAGUGAACUCGUAUAAAACCGAACAUCUAGACGGAUACGAAAAAGUGAGGAAGCAGUUAUCCAACGCCGAUUACGAAAGGAUAUACCAGGAUCAUUCUAUGGACCUGAUCGAUAACGGGGAUACCGACGACGAGCAAUACGUGCAAGUAUAAUUAUACUUGCGAGUCUUCCUCGCUCCUUUUUUUCUUUCCUCUGUAUCCACUUUUUAUCUUCGAAGAAGACCAAUUAGUUACACGAUAGGUAUCGUUCUUCAAUGUUCAAGGGUUUAGUAUGAACUCGCCCAUAAAAGGCCUAAGCUGCUCCCCGAUUUAGUUAACGCGUACGAGAACUGUACGAGACUUUUUGUGCGUGCCAGUGAAAUUGUACUCUCCAUUUUUGACAAAAAGCAUUAUUUUUCUUAUAGCAUCACAUAAUCAUUCCUCUCAUUUUUGCUGACGAGUUGUUUCCUUCGAAACACCGCGUAGGUCCUUUGAUCCAAAGAAGCAAAAUGCGCACACGUACAGACAUUUAAUGUUAAACGCGUUUGUGGUAACGGGUAGAAGUAUCCGUCGAGCAUUUAUAGCAAUGUAACUCGUUCAAACUAUCGUACGUUUCAUUUUAUCGUAAACUGUUUCUUUGCGCAUCAUAGUAGAUGAACGGUACCGACAAACGAUCGGCGUAAAAGAAAACUAUCGAUUAACACUUUCGUGAGGAACGUCAUUAAUUACGAGCACGAUUUCUUCCAUAUGUUUGUAGAUUUGUAAACCGGUGUAUAUAAGUAUGAUUUAUCGUUUUCUAUACAUCUUUUGUAAGAGGCCUUGCGUUUUUUUAUCUGUGCUUGCAAAGUAACGUGACGCACUUUAGCACAACGGAACCAUAACAGAUGACUAGUAUGACGCUACAUGUAAAAGAAAAUAUGAGACAUUGAGCGUAACACACAAUUUUGUAUAGUGUCAAAUUAUGGAAGAAUUAAAAAGAGGGAGUUUUUAUGAUUGAACGUUUGCUUUAAAAAUGCAACGACCCGUAUUCUUUUAUGAUUGUAUUUUUACGAUUUGUAUUUUCCAUGAAAUCGAAUAUUUUGUCGGUAAAAUAA